UUUGCUCUCUCCUCUAGAAAACAUACAAUAAAAUUUUGUUUUUAAAAAAAAAAUGACUGGUGACAUUCAUGUUACUAAUAAGUUACUAAAAUCUUCAUAAAAUUUCUUGAAAAACGAAAAAUAACUCAAUAGAAAGCACUCUGACCCAUCUGCCCUCACUUAUACUGGGAAUAAAAAAAUUCUUCUCAGAAGAUUAGCAGCUUAAAUUAUGGGAUGAGUGGGUGAAAGGGUGGAGUCAUCAGUCGAGAGAACAAAUCAAGUACUACAAACGAACUACGAAAGCACGGCACACAAUCUUUUAAAAGAAGGAACCUUCUUGGAACCAGCCUUCACCGGGUGAUUGCAAACUCUACAUUAAACUACAAACCAACUACAGUCCGGGAUACCCAUUGGAAUUUCUCCUUUGCCCAUUGUUCCAACCCUCCAUCUUCUCGGCCUACCAAGAGUUACUCCCGUCUCUAGUCUUCCUCUCUGUCUGCAGAAGCAUGUUGCAGAGCCUGGAUCGCACUUGAAAGUUGACAUUGCUCUAGCCUCAUCAAUUGGAGCUGUAGCAUCACAAAUAACGCACCCCACAGGACUUCUUGUUGAAUAUGCCAAGUAAGAAAUAAUCUGGCAGCUUCUAGUCACUCCAUGCUAAUUUGAAGGCCCACUAGUCGGCCCUUUUUUUGUGAAGGAGCGAAGCCAUAUUGAUUAGAUGCUGCAGAAUUUCUGUAAGCGAUAGAGUUGAUGGGUGGCAGAAUCUCAAAAGGUUCAAGUCGGAGACACUCCUCAUCUUUUGGGUCUAGUUCACAUUCAUGGGGUCAUCAUGGCUAUCCGCAGCCACCUUAUGCUCAACCAAGCCAACAUUAUGUGCCACGACAGCAUGUUGCGCCUCCAUCUCAAAGCUAUGGUGGUUGGGCCCCCGAGUCGAAAAGAAAGCUGGAUAGAAAGUAUUCAAAAAUAGAUGAUGACUACAGUACCUUGGAGCAGGUUACUGAUGCUCUUGCACGUGCUGGGCUGGAGUCUUCUAACCUUAUUGUUGGUAUUGAUUUCACAAAAAGCAAUGAGUGGACAGGUGCAAGGUCAUUCCACCGGAGAAGCUUGCAUGACAUUGGAGAUGAUCAAAAUCCCUACGAGCAAGCAAUAUCAAUUAUUGGAAAAACAUUGUCGACCUUUGAUGAGGAUAACCUGAUUCCCUGUUUUGGAUUUGGGGAUGCAUCCACACAUGAUCAAGAAGUGUUCAGUUUCUACCCAGAUGAGAGAUUUUGUAAUGGAUUUGAGGAAGUUCUGCAACGAUAUAGAGAACUAGUCCCUCAAUUACGACUUGCUGGCCCAACAUCAUUUGCUCCUAUCAUUGAAAUGGCUAUUACUAUUGUUGAGCAAAGUGGUGGCCAGUACCAUGUUUUGCUCAUAAUAGCUGAUGGGCAGGUGACGAGAAGUAUUGAUACUAAGCAUGGCCAUCUAAGCCCGCAGGAAAUGAAAACUGUUGAAGCUAUUGUGAAAGCCAGUGAGUACCCCUUGUCCAUUGUUUUGGUUGGGGUUGGAGAUGGGCCAUGGGACAUGAUGAGGGAAUUUGAUGAUAACAUUCCUGCUCGGGCCUUCGAUAAUUUUCAGUUUGUGAAUUUUACAGAAAUUAUGUCAAAGAAUGUGAACCGAACAAGAAAAGAAGCAGAAUUUUCUCUUGCGGCAUUGAUGGAAAUACCUUCUCAGUACAAAGCAACAUUAGAGCUUAAUAUACUAGGUGUGCGCAGAGGGAAGGCUAUAGAUAGGGUCCCUCUCCCUCCUCCUCGUUAUGGCUCAGGUUCUUUUAGCACUCCAAAACCUUCAAGGUCCAGCAGUUUCCAUACAAGUGAAUCUUCUUCUGCUGGGUAUCAUGCAUCGACUGGCUGGGCUCAGCCUCAACAUCUUCCUGCUGAUAACCAUGUUUGCCCCAUUUGUCUGACUAAUCCAAAAGACAUGGCCUUUGGUUGUGGGCAUCAGACCUGCUGCGAGUGCGGACAAGAUCUCGAUUUAUGCCCCAUUUGCCGCAGCACCAUUCAAGCCAGAAUCAAGCUCUAUUAAAAGUAUCAUAUCAGGGAAAUUCUGGUGCUAGCUGCAUCUUGAUGCUGUAUCAAUAUCUUUGAUUCUGAAGGGGUACGAAUCAUAUCUUGUGCUCUGUAGAUAUUUCUGUUUAUUUUUUCUUUUUGAUCUACCCAUUUAUCAAUAUCUUGGACUACGUUCUCUGAGGCAAAUAUGUUGUAUUAUGGGUGUAUUAUACAUUUAAAUUAUCUAAUAUUUUGCCCCAAGAGGGAUGUAUUAUACGUUUAUCUAAUAAUUUGCCCCACUAGGGUCUUCUGUGUGAA